GUUGAGGAUCUACCAGAAAUAUUUGAUUUCAUGGCAACUUAAUCUGCACAGAGGAUUAACUGUUGGAAUUUUUAUGUUGAAACUAUGACCGAGACAGUCGAAGCGCGGUCGUCGACCACCACCACCACCAUGGUCAUCGACAAGAAUGUAGACGCCGGUUCGCCUCCCGGCCGACCCAAGAAAACUUUUACCGAAGACGUGUACUCCACCUUCAGCUCCCCGCUGGCCUGGAUCCUGGUCCUGGCUCUAGUCAUUACAUGGACUUGUGUGUUUGUCAUCAUGUUUGACUUGACGGACUACAAGACGGUCGCAGGAGGCCUCAGCAAGAUCGGCGCCGACCCCAUGAAGGCGGUGAACGACGCCGUGGAGGAGUCGGGGAACAUCAUCAGCGUAACGCUAAACUUUGUUGCCAGCCUGUUUGCUCCUGACGAAGACGAAGGGAAUCUAUACGCAGUGAGAAAAAAAGGAGAGUUUCUACCCUCGCGAAGUAAAGUUAUAGGGAUGCAAGCAAAGGCCAAACAACCAGUGAUUGAAGUUGUGGAGGAGGAGGAAGAGGAGGUGGGAGAGGAGGAAGGAGAAGAGGGAGACGAAGUGGAAGCUGCUGGGGAGGUAGAGGAGCCUGCAGAAGAGGAGGAGGCUGAAGAGGAGGAGGAAGAGGAGGAGGACGAGGGGUACGAUGAGGACGAUGAGGAGUAUGAAGAGCUCGAGGAGGAGGAGUAUGAUGAGGAGUAUCAAAAAUAUUAUGAGGAGGAGGAGGAGGAGGUUGAAGGAGAGGAGGAGGAAGGAGUAGAGGAGGAAGAGGAGGAGGAGGAGGAAGGAGAGGAGGAGGAAGAGGAGGAGGCUGAAGAAGAGGAGGAGGAGGAGGAGGAAGAAGAAGAGGAGGGAGCAGAAGCUGUGGACGAGGAGGAGGAAGAGGAGGAGGAGGAAGGAGAGGAGGAGGAGGGAGUGGAAGGCGAGGAGGAAGAGGAAGAGGAAGAGGAGGAGGGAGCAGAAGCUGCAGACAAGGAGGAGGAAGAGGAGGAGGAGGAGGGAGAGGAGGAGGAAGCUGCUGAGGGAGCAGAAGAGGAGGAAGAGGAGGGAGAGGAGGAGGAAGAGGAAGAAGGGCCCAGAGAGGAAGAGGAGAAGGGAGUCGAAGCAGCUGCUGAUGAAGAGGAGGAUAAGGUGAAGGCCGAGGAGGAGGAGGAGGAGGAGGAAGAGGAGGUGAAGGCAGCUGCUGAGGCGGAGGAGGAGGAGGAUGAAGACGAGGAAGACGAGAAGGAACCUGAAGCAGCUGAUGAAGAUGAUGAUGAAGAUGAUGAAGUGAAAGAGGAAGCAGCAGCAGCAGAAGAUGAUGACGAUGAUGAUGAAGAAGAAGAGAAGGCAGAAGCUGCUGAUGAAGACGAUGAUGAUGAGGAGUCCGAACCUGCAGCCGCUGAUGCUGAAGACGAAGACGAUGAUGAAGACGAGGAUGAAGUUUCUCCUGAACCGAUCUCCACCUCUGAGGACGAAGAGUCGGCCGCGUCUCCCGACUCUGACGAAGACGAACCGCUGGACGUCAAGGACAGCGACGAAGACAAAGACGACGAAGAUGACGAUGAUGAUGAUGAUGACGAUGCAUUCACUGCUCUUCUCUCCAGCGACGAGCAGGAGGACGACGAUGACGAUGAGGACGACGAAGAUGACAAACUAGCCGAGGGCGUCCUGACAACUGACAGCGAUGACAUCAUUGCUGAAGACAGCGAUGAAGACGUGGAGCUCGAUCUUCCUCCUCUUCCUCCUCUACCUGCCGCCAGCGAGGACGAUGAAGACGAUCAUAAACUCGCCAAAGAGGAAGAAGAUGAUGAUGAUGAUGAUGUCAAAGUUGCUGCAGACACUGAUGAUGAUGAUGAUGAUGAAGAUGUCAAAGUUGCUGCAGACACCGAUGAUGAUGACGAUGAUGAAGAUGUCUCCGUCGCCUCCUCUGAGCACUUUGCAGAUGAUGAAGAUGACGGUGAAGACCUCAAAGACCUGGACAAAGACGUCCUCGUGGACCUUGACGAUGAUGAAGACAAACCUGAUGAUACAGCGGCGUCCUAG